UGAAGCCUCCACAAUCUAAGUUUCUUGAAUGAUUGAUAUGAACGAUCCGUAUUUCCAUACACUAGAGAACCAGCAACGAUAACGCAGAUGAGAAUAUAAGGAAGUAUACAGACUCUCAUUUAUUUGUAACAACUAUUAUUUAUCUGAUGACUGAGUUUUUGUACGCUAUCGUUGUUUCAGCUACUUGACCCUGACAAGUAAUCACUUUUGAAUAUGCAACAACCGGGCGUAAAUAGUGUAGCAGCUAACGUAUUCAACCAAAUUGACAGGAACAGAAGUGGAUCCAUAUGUGCAAGCGAAUUACAACAGGCACUAUCCAACGGAUUGGGUACAUCAUUCAAUAUUAAAACGAUUGAACUGAUGAUAUGUAUGUUUGACAAAGAUAUGAAUGGCACUAUAAAUGUCUGUGAAUUCUCUCAACUAUUUGAGUACGUACAACAGUGGCAACAAUGUUUUCGAUCAUAUGACAGAGAUGGGUCUGGUACAAUUGACUGUCGAGAGUUUCAUACUGCUCUAACAAGUUUUGGUUAUCGAUUGUCUCCAGAUUUUUCACAAUUUUUAGUUAGAAAAUUCGACAAACAACGUCGCGGAUCAGUAGGAUUUGAUAAUUUCAUCUUGGCAUGCGUCUGUUUAAAGAAUUUAACUGAUGUAUUCAGACCAUAUGAUUAUCAAAGAAAUGGGAUGGCACAACUUAGUUAUGAACAAUUUUUAACUGCUGCUUUCAGUGUAGUUAGUUAAUUCAAUAUAUUACAAUGUUGACUAUUAUCCAUAUCUCUUCUUAUUUAAGAUUAUAAGAUAUUAAUUAUUAACUCAAUCUGUACUUGAUAAGCACUAACUUCUAUAUGACCCAUAUUAUCAACAACAACAAAGUCUUUUCUUGUCUAGAGAAAAUAAAAAACCCGAAAGUAUGGAACAUUAUGUAAUACCUAAUAUAAAUGAUUGUGAAUUGUUUUUGUAUGAAUACAAUUUUUCUGUGAUCCUUUUCUUAUAUUAUUAUUAUUAUUGAAUAUUAGUAAUUGAGGAUCAUUAUUUGUCUAUCUUAUUUAAUUGUGUACAGUGGGUUUAUUACUGUGGUGUGGUUUACUUAUAUUCAUAUAAGUAGUAUAUAGUGAUUGUUAAGCAUAGAAUGUAUUUUGGCAGAAG